AUGUCUCAGGUUACAACUCCGACACACUCGGCAUUCCAGACCCCAGAUCAAACUUUGAAUGAUCUCAGCUCUGUAUACUUCAUGGCAGAGGAAGCACCGGGGGUUAUUCCCCCGAUCUCGGUAACACAGUCUGAAUACGCGCAAACCCCUUCCGAGGGCACUGAGGAUGAAGACCCUGAAUUCACCACAUCCGCGCUGGAUCUAGAAGACCACAGCUUCAUUCCAGAUCGCGACGAGAGUAGCUUGUUCCAUCCGUCGAGCGAAAAUGGCGACCACGAACGCGGCAACAACCAAACGCUAAUUGAGGAGCACGAAAUGCGUCGCAAAUUGAUGGACAUCGAGUCGAGCUUCCUACCCGAACCCUCGACAAUCGACCUGGCUGCGACCGGUCCUGCUGUUGGUGCGGAUGAUACGUAUUUGGUGGGGGUUCCCAAGGAUGAUGGUACUACACAGGACUCCUCACAGCUCUCUUUCAUAGAGCCAAUAGAACCAACCGAGAAAAAUACAAUGCACGAAGAUCACACACCUCCAGAUCUGGGCUCGUCUGCUGAGCCCGCAGAAGCCGAGUCAAAUUCAUUGCCUGACCCCUUCUCCUCGUCGCCUACGGCAGCUGCAGCCCUACGUCGAUCCCAAUCCACAUCGUCGGAAAACGCGGAGAUCCCCCAGGCUGUGGAUCUUGGAUCUGAGUUUUGCAUGGGGAAUGAAUCAGAGCUGGCCCCUUCGAAGCUUCGAGAUACCUCCCGCAGCUUAUCGCCCGGGACGUCGCACUUUUUCAGUGACCAGAGUACAUUCGGGAGUCGCAGAGCCAGCCGACCGAAGUAUCUCACUAGCCGCCAAUCAGCCAAUCGUCUCUCGCGCUCCUCGAUCACAAGCACCAACACUGAAACAACCCACAGUGAUGCCACACAGGGCGUGGACUAUGCUCUUCAAACGGGAGGCGCCACAUCUGACAACUAUGGCAGCCUACAUGCCGAAGGUCGUGCUCAAAUAGCUAGAACAACCAGUCUUGGGAGUAUGGCAUCUGGAAUCUCUGGUUAUAGCGAAGAAAAUCCACUUGAAAAAAGAAGUCUCCCUGGUCCAGUGGAGGGGGCUCUGGAUACUCUGAGGGAGGAAGGCUCGCCGAAUUCUCGUGCCGGUCCUGUUGAUCAUGAAGAUACUUCGGCGCCGGCGACACCAAAGGCGAAGCCACAAGAUAACAAUGUCCCUAUCGAUACAGCAAUCACGGCUCGUGUUAAGGGCAUCCAGUUUCCAACCACAUUUGCAAAUCGGUUCCGAGAGGAUUUCCAAGCAUCCACAGAGAAACGAAUAGGAUCAUCGACUCCAGCGUUUGCGAAAAGUGGCCGGACGUUGACCCUGAAGGAACAGAGCAGUACCAUUGAUCGCCUGGCGAAGGAGAACUUCGAUCUGAAAAUGCGAAUUCAUUUUCUCAACGAGGCACUAAAUAAGCGAUCCGAAGAGGGCAUCAAGGAAAUGAUCUCGGAGAAUGUCGAGCUCAAAUCAGACAAAGUCAAACUUUCGAAGGAUAACCAAAGCCUUAGGCGCAAGGUUCGAGACUUGGAGAAGCAGGUAAAAGACCAGCAGUCGGACAAGGACUCUAUGGUCAAUCAUGACCCUGAAGGGUCAGACGAUGGCGACCGUGACUCGGCCCAAGACGAAGAGAUUGUCUUCCUACGUGAACGAGUUGAAACUUAUGAACUCGAGAUUGAGCGCAUGAGAUCGGAAACCAUUGCACGGGAAAGCGAAAAGCGAAGGUUGGCCGAGAUGAUCAAGUCGCUUAGCGAUAAUCGUACGGGAGAAUCCGAUGCAGGGGCUAGAGAAGAGCGAGUGAGUUUGGGAAAUCAUUCCAUCGGCGUCUUGAAACUAAUCAUUCAAAAGGAAAUGUGGAAAGAUAUGCUUGACGCAGAGACCUCAGCGCGUGAACAAGCCGAGGAGGAAAACCGUAGACUUCGAGAUGAGUCAAUUCGUUUGCGGAGUGAGAUGUAUUCUGCCACACACUCGGAUUUCGGAUACGCACGAGAUGGCACCCAAGCCCCUGCUGUUGUCGAGCUGGAGCUUCUCAAGCAGGAGAAUGCGGAACUGAGGAAGGAAGUGAGUGCUCAGACAUCAAUGCUCACAUCUCGUAACCGAGAGAAAGAACGUCUUUAUCAGGAGAUUGAAGACUUGAAACUCGGAGAACGUCGUCAUGUGGGCCGAUCCAUAGCUGGAGAUAGCAUCUUUGACCGUUCUGCCUCACGCUCUCAUAUUCGACCAUCGUCUCAGGCUAGCGACGGAACGGGCAUAUCACGCAGCGACCUGGACCGUGAUGAACUUGAAGCCCGCAAUGGACAACUCAGGGACCAGGUAUCGACCCUCAAACUUGAGAACCAAGCCAUCCGAGCUGAACUCGAGGACUACAUCGCAGAACUGGAGGCCCUUGACAAGGCAUACCAGGCCGAUGUUGAUCAAGCCGAAGAAGAGAUGCAAAAUCUGCAGCAAGAGCGAGACCAGGCCGUGCAUAUGGCAAACGAAAGAGAUGCCGCUUUCCAGGACCUACGGGCCGAGGCGCAGGAGGAGUUGGAUACACUUGGAGACGAGCUCGACCAGAAAAUUGUGGAGUGCCAGCGCAUGAAUGAGGACCUAAGAACCCAGGACGAAAGCCUCAAGGUUCUACAAGCUGAAAUGCGAUCUGCCAAUGAGGGCAUCAUCCGACUGGAGGAAGAUGCACAGAAUAACCUAGCCGCCUACAAGUCUGUGCAACAAGAGCUUGAAGAGACUCAUCGUGAAAUGGAGUCUACAGAAAAGAGCCUCUUUGAAGCCAACACAAAGGUACAACGACUGACGGUGCAAAUCGAGUCGAGCCAGAAUGAGAUUGCCUUCCUCCGUGAAGAGCAAGAGGGCGAUAAGAUCCGCAUUGGAGAUCUCGAGUCGGACCUUAAGAACUACCACAUGAGUCUUGUCAGCGAAAAGGAGAAGACCAGAGAGCUGGAGCAACGACUGGCAGAUGAACGUCACCAGCGAGAGGUGGUCGGGAGCAAGGAAAAGCAGGAUGUCCAACGUGUCAUGAAUGAAUUGAACCGUGAAGCUUCGGCUUCCAAGGAGGAGAUCCGACGGUUGAAGAAGAGUCUUUCGGCUCAGGAGAUUGAAACGUCCACCUGGCGAGAACGGCUGAUGGACCUCGAAAAUAAUUUGAGAGAAACUCUCGGCGACCUCAGCGGCAGUCGGUCCAGCUUGAUCACCAAUAUCAUGAAGCUGCAAAAGGAGCUCGAAUCGACUGCGCUUGAAUUGGAGAGCAUCCGCUCGCAGCUAGAUGAUAAAGAAACACUGCUUCGGAAUCGUGACGCUCUGCUUGAAAGCCAUGGACUCGAGUCACGCAAACUCUCGGAACUUCUGGAUCGUGAACGGCAUGCGCGCCGAGCCGACAAGCAGUCGUUUGAGUCGUCACUCAAAUCUCAUCAGCAGGCAUCUCGGACAAUUACGCAAAGCAAUUCCCGCAUCACAGAUCUGGAAAAGGCGCGAACUGAAGAUCGCAAGAGAUAUGCAUCGCUGGAACAACAAUUCAAGGAUCAACUUAGCGAGCGCAACACCGUAUUCCUGAACCUUUGGAAAAGGCUAUCCGGGCUUUGCGGACCGGACUGGGCGCACUCCAACAGUCUGAUCAAUGGCAAUCUUCCGAGCCAGGAGGUCAUUGGUAAUAUUUUGUUCUGGCCAGGCUUCAGCCGUAACCUUCUGCUUGCAAUGAAAACUGUUGAGACGGUGAUGGCGGGUUUCAAAACUCGCAUCAAGAGUGUCGACUACGAGUUGACCAAGCGUUAUAAUACACUCGAACAGUCAUAUAAUGGACGAUUCAAAAAACUGGAACGCCUCGAAGAGGCCGUGAAAAACAUGCGAUCCGGCCGCGGACACUCAGGCUCCACGCCGGAGAUGUCUAAAUUGCGCGGUGAGAACCGGCUUCUCAAAGCUGAACUUAACCUGCUUCAAUCCAAUUCCCGAGGACAAAGUCCUGCGUCUGCAGCUGCGGCUGCAGUUAUGCCUCGAUCCCCUUCUUUAGCAGAACGAUCCAUCUCGACCGGUGGCACUGACAGAUCUCGAUUGGAGAAAGGUCUCGCUCGCCAUCCUACCGGACUCCCGCAGCCCUCUCACUCCUCUUCUAGCAGCACGUUGGCCAACAACAAUGCUGGGACGAUGAUACCACGGACACGCAGCUCACAUAGCGGCUGGGAUGGCGGUGAUGAAAAGUGGAUCCAUAGGCUGCAUGAGCUGGAGAAGCGACUCAAACAAGAGCGCGAAGCUCGCCUUUUAGACCGCAGUGGUGCCCGCAAGCGACUCGAAGAGCGCGAUGCGGAGAAUCAGAAGCUUAGGGAUCAGCUUAACAGAGAACGUACGCGGCGCGGGCCUUUGUCGACCCUCACAGAUGGCAGUCGACUCCCUGGCUCGGAUGAAGCACAUAGUUCUAGUGAAGGAGAGGGCAUUACGGUUGAUAUCGAAGUUUGA